CAUGAAUGGAUGAGGUGUAAGCAGGCACGCCUGUCAUCGAUGGAACUGGGGCGUGUUCCUUCCCUCCCGUCCCCUUUCACUCCAUCCCUCCUAAUCCCAUCCCAUCCCAUCCAUCCAACAUCCCCUCCCCCCCCCCCCCCCCAAACUCAGCCCGCCCCGCGCUCCAUUUGGCAAUAACAUCAUCCAUCUCGUCGACCCAAUCUUUGUUAUUCACCCCUGUCUCUCGAUCACCGUCCUGACUAACCCUAUUAAACGCGCCGUUCAAGGGCUAUAUGUCAUCGUCAGCUCCAAACCUCAUAUCACAAUUGUCGCUCUUUACUCGACGCGUACUAGUUCCCUUAGCUGUGGAUUGGAACUCUGCCCCAGCCUUUACAAGUGCUCUCAGAGCCUUUGUCUCUCUCCCACCAAUAAGUCAUAUAUGUUAAGACAACUUCAACUGCCUCUAUUAUUAGCUGACCCAGCUCUACCGAAAUCUUUCGAAUUUGUGGAAACUCAAUACCGUACGGAUACCGGGACGCACACAUCCACUUGGUCCAGUACCCUGCUCGUCUUACACUCACUCCUCCACAUGUCUAUCCACGUUUGUUUGUGCUCGAAAAGCUUUUCUUGACGGAACCCGUAUCCUUCUCCGUGAGCUUCUGAUACUGUUACCUCUGCUCGAAGUCAGCUCUUUGUGUUUUAUUCCCACUGCCAGAGUCACAUUCGAGCCCGGGCCAUCUACCCGUGAUUGAUGACCUGCUUGUCAGUGGGCGUGGGAUCGGUCCCCUCGUCAGGCAGUCAAAGGGCACCAAGCUUAAAGCUCUUGGCCGGUUCCCGGGACCCACGAGCCCAAGCUCUCUCAUUGAACAACGAUUUGACGCCCCGUCAGGCUUGCAUCUUGCAUACGACAGGCUCCUUCUUCAGGGAACAAGGACGUUUUUGGCCUUCGACCUCAUCUCCAGGGGCCCAGCCAACUGCUUGACCAGUCCACUCUGAAGUCGACCGUGUCCCCGCUGCUGCCGUUUUUCUGAUAUACGCCCCCUACGUGGAUCUGGAAUCAGUAACCAAUCUAACAUCUUCCCUAUAGCAAAGGGCCCUGACAACUUUGCAUCGAUCAAUCUCUCCUCCCUGUCAUAGGUGACAGUGCCCCUCCGUUCCCCAGCCGCGAUACAUGCAUUCCCUUAUUGUCGUUGAAGGCCCCUCUCGCAAUACCUUACAACUAUCUCAGACCUCCCUCGUCAGUGACCAACGAACGAUCUUGCAAACCGCCGCGUGACACGAGAACUAGGUUCAAGCUCCGUGUACGAGAUUUAUCAGAGUAUGACAACAAAGUCACAACCACUAAUCCUUCCCUUCACCUCGAGUUCUUCUUGGGCACGUCUGUAAGAAGCUUUUGGACCCCUUAAAAGCACCGCAUUGCACAUUUUGCUGUCCUUCAGAUAUUGAAACGGACUUGCGUUACUGGCCAAGCCGCGAUAGCGGUUCUGAUAUUCACUGUUUGUGAAGAAACGCCCGUUGAAAACCCGUUCGAAACACCCCUGACCCUCUGCACAGUAUUAUUGAGACUGAGUUGUCAGUAGCCAACCUUUGGUUACUCGCACCUUUCUGCUAAGUCGGAGUAUCUCGAAGAACGACCUGCCCUCCUUGCUGCUUAACAUCUCUACUCUAUAUCUGGAGCAACUCUAACCAGUAAACAAACUUUUGGAAAGCAUGCGAAUCGCGAACUGUUAACUAGAUUCUUUCCUACUUCAACACCACUGAAGCAUCGAGUCACUUAACAUCGCAUUAAUCGACUAAUCACAAUGGGAGACUACUACCAUCACUUCCUGUCGUCGAUGUCCGGGGCAGGGAUGAAUCCAGCGACGUCUCCUGAGGAGAUGCUCGACCCUCGAAUGCAUGGAGCACCGAUACCAAUGGUAUCUGCGCCGUUACCUGGUCCGUAUCAGCAACUUGGAUAUUUUACCGGGUUUCCAGAUCCCAUGAUGUUCAAUCAGAACAAGUCGCAGAAAGCUCGCCGAAAGUCUGCAGCUGGUACCCCUGCAGCAGUUGACCAUGUCAAGCAUCGAAGAACACGAUCAGGCUGCUUCAUGUGCCGGAGUAGGAGAGUUAAGGUAUGUAACUGAGGACUGAGUAGAAAGCAUGCCUAACUCUCCCAGUGCGACGAAACCAGACCAAUAUGUGAACGUUGCAAGAAGGGAAAUAGAGAAUGUGUCUACCCAGAUCCCCCAUCAUCAAAAGGUUCCUCAGCCUCGAGCGGUAAAUCCAAAGAUACUGCAACUUCUGCUCAACAAACGAGUCCAACUUCGUCCAAAUCAGAGGACGACGAGGACACUGAGCAAGAAAGUAAACUAGAAAUGAUUGUGGACGAAGACGAAGAUACUGAAGACCAAACAAAAUCUUCGGUACUCUCCAGACAGUCAAAAAGCGUCUCCCCAUCGACCGCAACAGCAACACCAAGUAGCCUUGCAGCUGUCUAUUCCUCCUCCGAGUUUCCUAUACAGAUGGGUGAAGCAGACUGGUCACAUCUACCACCGGAGUACCAACAAGGCCUCUCCUUCUUUGUGGAAAACCUCAACCAUUUCAAUUAUUGUAUACCACUAGACUCGGAUGGCUUUUUUACGAAGAUUCUUCCCAAUUUGGCCACUCGCCACGAGCCCUUGCUCAACGCCCUCGUAGGCUUCUCUGCAUACCAUAUCACUCUUCGAAACCCACAGGGAAAGCUCCAGGACUUUUUACAAUAUUACAAUAAGAGCGUAACGCAGCUCUUGGGCUUGUUUAAGAGACGAGAGAAGCCCAACGUUGCCACUCUUCUCACUAUUCUGCAGCUUGCCACUAUCGAGGAAUAUUUUGGCGACUGGGUCAAUCUAAUGGGACACCAAAAAGCAGCUUUCGAAAUAAUAACGAGUAUAUUCACCCCCCAGACAGUGAUGCAGACGCCCGUUGGCCGCAUGUGCCUUAGCUGGUACGCCCGAUUCGAUAACUUCGUUGCCCUCAUGGGAGGAUUCCCUACCGAUCUGCCGCGCGAAUGGUUCCAAGCGAUGCUGGAUUUCUAUCAAUCCGGGAUUACGUCAAACCCAGAUGAGUUACAUUGGAAAAUCGAUGCGUGGUCCGCACGACUUCGCCUGAUCUCUUACGACAUGUCGAUUUUGUUCGCCCGAGGCAGUAGAGGCCAGAUAUCCCAGGAGGACUUUGUGAAAGAGCACGAACAUUUGAACCAACAGCUCAUAGAGUGGAAGGAGAAACGCGACCCCGCCCUACAGGAUCCCAAAUAUCUUAUCAAGGAUUUUCCUCCGGCAGAAACUCUCGAUCCGGACGACUUUGUUAAUCCCUAUACGGUUGGAAUACUUUACGAUUUUCCCCUGUUCGACGUCACAGUUCUAUGCGCAGAAUGGAACAGCAUCAUGAUAAUGCACAAAUGCCAAUCAUCAGGAAUGAGACCAGACCAACUGUUUGCGGAUCUAAACCGCCAUGCAUAUAGGACGUGUCAAUAUUUCGAAACAUUGGAGUUCUGGCCUUCAACUCCCAGAGGCGUUUUGGUUCUGAUACAGGCAUGUAUUGCUAUUGCAGCUCUUUUCUGCCCUCAGGAUGCGAGGCAUCACAUGUGGUUCCGCCGGAAGUUUGCUUUACUAGAGACUAUGGGGUACAUUCAUCCUCUUCCGCUACGUACCAAAAUGGCAGAGUUAUUCCGAGAACCCUCCUGUGUAAACUGGUGGCUGCCGAAUGAAGAGGGAUUCAGCCCAGUGUUACAGGAAAUCCGUAAUUUUGCGGAUGAACGGAACGCUGCAGCUGUUACAGCCCAGCAAGAAAGUGUUCGUGAGGUUCGACAUAUUUUCGCUAAGAUGUCGCUGAUGGAUGAUGCAAAUGCCCCGUCAAGCUCUAGUCCAGACUCUGCGUCAAGGCCCAGUGUUGAUUCAUCCAGUUCGAAGCGAUGAUGUAUUCAGGGGCUGGGAUCUAUCCCGGAUCAUGCAAGUACACAGAAAUUGCAACACAAACUCAUCAUUAUUUAGAUUCCCCCCCUAUUUUUCUUUUCCUGCACACCUCCCUUUUGUGGGCAGAUUGUGGAGAUUGUUGUUUCUCCAGCAGGGACAAGAUUUCGAGGCAGGCGGCCAAUAAUGACACUUCUUUUCUGAGGCCAGGGAAGGAGAAACUUCGUGGUUUGUUUUGGGGUUACAAACGCAGGAAUAGACUAAGGAACCAUUACACGUGGUAUGGUAGAUAAACGCGUUUACAGCCACGGUGCUGGCACGUGGAGGAUUUACUGGAAGAUUGGGUGUUUCAACAGGCAUUUUGACGGUGGUACUGGCACCGUCAGGUUGAUUAUGUAUUGACUACUGAGGAUGACUGUGUGGUCAAUUGUAUUAUUAUACAGUGGGCAGGUGACUCUGCCAUGCUAUACUACCAUAUCCUGAAAGACAAGAUAUGAAAUCAAAUGGAUAUCACCUUGAUCCGUCUAUUACUUCUCAUCCGUUUUGGGUUCGUCAUCUGACUUGGUAUCUAUGGCCUUUGCCGCAUCCUCUGAGGAUUUGUCCUUGGCCUCUGAGGAUUCAGGGGCAUCCGCAUCUGGUGCUGAGUCUACAGAGGCGUUUUCCCUUGUCGGCUCGUCCUCUGCAAAGCCCGUAUCUGUAGAUUGCGCUGACUCAAGAGAGUCCGCAGCUGGCUCAUGUUCAUCCGUUUGAGUGUCAUCGUCGUUUGCAGAAUCUUGUCCUGAAACAGAUCCAACAACUGUCUGGUCGGCAUCAUCGUCAAUUUCUUCGUCUUCAUCGUCGUCAUCAUCGUCGUCAUCUUCUUCCUUCUCAGCUGGGGGACUGUGGGACUGUGCUCCGGAUUCUCCCAUGACUGAUUGCUCAACAAUAACAGGGACAUCGGCCACUUCUGGCUCCUCCUCCACGGGUGAGGGAGCGGUCAGGUGCAUAUCCUUUAGUUUCCUGGAAACUCCAGCGGGUUCCUCCUCCUCGGCUUCAAUAACAGUUGUUACAGCACUUCCCGUCGAAGGACUACUUCGAAUGUGUCGUCGAGUAUUCGUUCUUGUUGGAUGCAUGUUGUCUUCUUCGGCAGGAGGACCUCGUUGAUGAGAUGAAGGCUUGAGAAUGGUGGGAGGAGGUUUCUCGGGCUCCUGUUCAGUAUGGGGUGCCUCGAGUCCCUCCGCCUCGGGAGGCAACUUGUAGUUCUCAGCAGGCAGCAGAUCAUACAAGUCGCAUACAGUCUUGAACAGGACGUACAGUCCUGUCUCGGCCUCUACAGACCAAAACACACCACGAUGCUGAAACCAGGCAUGGGCGAAUAUGCGAUGCAACCUGCGGAACACAUUGACGAGAUUCUUGACACCCACAUUCUUACUGUGGUUGUCAUUAUGGACGACAAAGCGG